GGCUCUCAUUGAGUCAGUCUGUCUCUGAGCCUCGCUGCAACGCAACGCGUGACCAUUUACUUUUACAAAAAUAUCGCUUGUAACUGAGUAAAGGAUUUAUUAAAUUACUUUAAAUAUUACUACGUUCUAAGGAGUUUCCACAUAAUUUUAUCUACGAAGAAGAAUACUAUUUUGAGCAGCCAUAUAAGGACGUCUCAGGUGCAUCAUGUUGAAGAUAACCUUACUGGCGCUGAUAGUCGCUUCGACUGUCAACAGCCAAUGUUUUUACAAGGAUGACUCAUCGAAGAAACUGAACCCUGAAGCGCGGACGUCGCUGUACCGAGGGCAGCUGGCGUUUACAUUGAACCUGUUUAACGCCAUCAACGGAGCGGUCCCCGAUGACAACAUCUUCUUCUCUCCCUUCUCCGUCUACCAUUCGCUGUUGCUAGCCUACUUUACAUCGGGUGGACAAACUGAAAAGUCACUGAAGGAGUCGCUGCAAAUUGCUGAUAAUUUGGACAAGAUAAACCUAAUGACCGCGUACAAGGUGGACAAGCGGUCCCGUUCGGCCAACAACAACAGCGACAGCUAUGAGUUCACGAACGCCAACAAGCUCUUCGUAGACUCGGAGCUGCGCGCGCGCCAGUGCCUGCUUGACCUCUUCUCGGACGAGUUCGAGGCGUUGGACUUCCAUAACGACCCUAAAGGCGCUCGCGACUACAUCAACGAGUGGGUGUCUCAGGUCACGAAGAACAACAUCAAGGACUUGUUACCAGCUGAUGGAGUCAGUGAGGACACUAAGCUGGUGCUGGCCAAUGCUGCAUACUUCAAGGGCGUGUGGGCUUCCAAGUUCCCCCAAGAAAGGACUAAAAAGGAAGCCUUCUUCGUGUCGGAGACCCGCCAGACUUUGGUGCCUUUUAUGAAGCAGAAGGGCACUUUCCACUAUAUGGUGAGCGAUGAACUCGGCGCGCAGAUCCUCGAGCUGCCUUACAAGGGCAACGACAUCAGCAUGUACAUACUGCUCCCUCCCUACUCCAUGAAGGAAGGUGUAACCAAUAUCAUCCAGAACCUGACCCCAGAGCGUCUAGCGGCCGUCGUGGAGGAGAGCUACAUGGGCCGCGAGGUCAUCGUGGAGAUCCCCAAGUUCACUAUUGAGAGGAGCAUGCCUCUGAGAGGGAUCCUGGAGUCCAUGGGCGUGGGUGACCUGUUCAACGUAAGCGCAGACUUCACCACACUGUCAGACCAGCCCGGCGUGCUCUUCGAUGACGCCGUCCACAAAGCCAAGAUACAGCUGGACGAAGAAGGUACCGUAGCAGCAGCAGCGACCGCCAUCUUCGGAUUCCGUUCAUCCCGCCCGGCGGAGCCCAGCCGGUUUGUGGCCAACUUCCCCUUCGUAUAUCUGGUGUACGAGCGGCCUACCAGCUCCAUCCUCUUCAUGGGCGUCUACAGAGACCCCAAGAAGUAAACAUUUAAUUUAAUAGUUCAGUAUGCAGCUUGAUAACAAACUUUAGGCUUAAUCAGAACAGUAGAAAAAGAUACUACGAUUCAAAGAUGGUAGAUGUAAUGUAGCACGUACUGCAUUUUCGAAACGGUAGAGCUUCUAAUGUCGUUAUUUUUGAGUCUAUCACCGUCGCUUAUACUAGUAUCUCUCUAUGAGUAAGAGGGUUGAAAGGUCCUAGAAUACUGAGAGCACCAUUAGUAAAAUACACGCAAGUAUAAAAAGCUAAACUCAGGUUAUGGAUAGAAAAGGAUGGUCUGAACAUACUAAAAUUCGACCAUUAUGAGGUUUGGUUGGAUCUCUGUCUUUAUCUUUAGGUACUUUUUUGUAAAAAAAGAAAGUACAUGCCUACUUAAGCCUUUCUCUAAUAUAAUAUUUUGAAAGCGAAUUAGUUUGAUGCACUUGAACUAAACCAAAAUUCCUGUAUAAUACUUACAGUUGUGGUAUCACCACGUUUGGUGUUCAUUGUCAUUUUGAUUUGCUUGAGUAACUUAAAUAAGAUUUGGAA